CAGUUACUAUAAUUUCAAAAAUAUUUGUCAAAUUCUCUGUCAUAAAUUCACCUUAAUUCGAUAAUUCAACAACUUUGAAUCAUCUAUUAACUACAUUAUUCUUCCAGCAACAAAUUAUGACCCAACAUGGACUCUGACGCAAAGAGUACAAAGAGUGAAGAGGACUCUUCCACCAAGUACGUGUUGGAUUAUUACCGAAAGUUCUCUCAAAAUAAGGACUUGCCAAAGUAUUUCUCUGGUACAUCGGUAUCUUACCUUCCUGAAAUCAAAGAUGAUGCGGAAAUUGAGGUUCCAAAAAUUGUCAUCAACACGAAUGUUGAUCUUGUUCUAACCAAUUUGGAUGAAACAAAACCGAGUGAACUUGGCGACUCAUCUCGUACCAGUAGCGUCAUGUCGAAUCGCAAACUAGAAUGGGAUAGCGGAGCAGAUAUUGGAUACAGCAAUUGUGCAGCUGGGAAGAUUCACAAAAGUUGCUCCCUUCCCAUAUUGACAGAGCUGAAACAGAAACAGGUGGCUUUUGAUUCUGCUCAACCUCCUGGUCACCAUGAAACACCCAAAAGUAGUGGGAGUAGUGAUGUUAAGUUAGUGGUCUAUCCUUGCUCCAGCUCUUCAGAAGGAAAUAGUUCAGGAGCCAAGUGCUCCUCGUCUUUGUCCUCUUUACCUGAAGAAAAGAAGGAAGUAGCAUAUUCAUCUAGCAGUACAAGCCCAGGAACAACUGGUAGAGGGCUCGAUAAAGUUUCAAGCACCUCAAGUCUAGGCACAACCGGUAGAGGGGUGGAUAGACUUUUGACUCCUAGCUCCAGUUCGAGCAGUACUUCAAAUAAAAUUUUGAGUUUCAAGAGCACCUUGUCGCAUUUGAAAAAGAAAAUCGGACUGCCCGAAGCUCAGUCAACACCCAACAUUGUCGAAACUAUUGGGAGUGAGUCGGAAAAGAUUUCCGACACACCAGUCAUGAAAAAUCGUGAUAAACCUGUGAAACAGUUAUUGAGCAAAAAAAGUUCUGAAGAAAAAGUGGCUGCCGAAGAAGAAAAGAAUACUGUGACUGAUCCCCUACAAUCUGGUACUUCACGUGGAGGAGAUUGUGAUGGAAUGAGAAACAUAAAGCAAAGUAAAAGAGUGGUGAAUUUGUGCCUUACAAAACCAGUGUACGUAGAAUGUGUAACUAGUCCAUCAAUGGCAAGUUGCAAACAAAUUCAGACCCAAACAGAGCACUUGUCUGUGGGAAUUCAAACUGACUACAUCUCUGAGAAGGAACUGACUGAAAUUGCGGUGGACAUCCAACAAUAUCGGAACCAAUCCAUGCAGUUCCUUGAACAUCAUAGCGAUGAAAAAAAUACCUGUAGCACCCAAACAGUAACAGAUAUGGAAGCCUCCAAAUGUGAUAGUUUCGAAUUCGUGAAACCCGAUUCAAGCGUGCAAAAUCGUGCAAGCAAAAGUCCUAGUGAAGUAGUUCAAGUUUCUCCAUCGUCCUCGGAUGUUGAUCUUGCAGAAGCCGUUUCAACAAGCAAACCUGAAAACCUAGGUGCCGAUAUUGCGAAGAGCGUUUAUAUCCUGCAGAAGCUGCUGAGGUCCAAAAAAUACGACCCGGCUACUAAGAAGAGAUAUGCAAAAAAAAUUAUAAGAAAAAUCACCGAAUCGAAGUAUUUGGAGGAAUCCAGCACGAGUUCCGAACUGUUUUUUCCCAAAAAAACUUGCACGAAGGAUUCCCAAAGCAUUCCCCAGAACAAAAUAAUGCAGCAGAGCACCGAUUCAUCUGAAGGAAGCUCCCGGCAUCUAGAAAGUAAAGUGAACAUUUCUCCUAGAAAGAAAACCCUGCAAAUCAAAACUUUCAACGACAACAUCCCUCCACAUUCAGUUGUGUCUGCCAAAGAGGAAUUUUCCAGUCCUACUGAAAUUAUUCCAGUGGAAGCCAGAGAUAUGAGAAAAAACUUAUUCACUCUUACCAACAAUGAGUUUUCUGUAUGUCAAUAUCGAAGGCAAACUGCAGAGGGCGUAAAGACUCCCAAUGCAGAGGUAUCUGCCUCCAAUAAUGGUGCCAGUCUGGAGAAACAUUUUGAUUCAAGUUCGACGCCAAAAUCCUACCAGAACUGGAAGCAAGACAAGACUGUGUCGGAGAGAAUAGUAGAGCAGAAAUAUCCCACAAUCGGUGAUGGCGAUUAUUUGGUAAACUAUGCUGAUAAGGAGAGAGAGUACCAGAUAAAUUGGAUCAACAAAGAGAUAAGCCAUCUGGGUAAGCUGAAGGAUUUGCUUGAGAAGCCUCCUGUGAGCGAAGCUGCGAAGAAAAUGAAAAAGACCACCUCUGUGUACUCUGUUUCUAGAGAAGAUCAAACUCGCAAGGAUGAGGAGAAAAGGAAGUUUGUCAUCGAGACGAAGCUAGGGAAAGAGCUCUCCGAUCAAAGAAACUUUCAGCUGGAUGGCAAAAAAUUCACCGUAGUCAAUUAUUCAGAAUGCAAGAGGAGGAAGAAAAAAAGGCCAGUCCUGGCGGAUAUAGAAGUGGUUUCCAGCGACACCACGACGAAUAUCGUCGUGACGACAUUUUGCGAUACAUGCGAAAAGAGGCCUUGCAUCUGUUUCCAACUCGUGGGGGAUGGGACUAAAGAAAAUAUCUGCCACACUUGCGGAAAUCGCUCUUGCACCUGUUCCACCCUCAACCCCAUCAAAUCCUGUGAAACUAUUUGUCUCUCUUGCCACAACGCGCCAUGCUCUUGUAGCAUGAAAUUCUCCAACACUGGUGCCAUUUCGAAAAGAUGCUCGUUGUGCAGGUACUAUCCGUGCAUCUGUUUCGGCAGUUUCAAGCAAUCAAGUACUGGCAGUAGAGGUUACGAUGGACAGUUCAUUGCUGCAGCAGCUCCUGAGACGAAUCUUGGUGGGAGGAGUCAGGAGGAAUUUUUGUUUUCCAGUCGGUCAGCAACAAAUACUAAAUCCUACGAUGGUUGCAGUAAAUGCAGAACAUGCCCUUGUUUGUGCAGUCGUUCUGUUGAACGCAGUGAAAGUUCAUCUAAAGGAGAACUACCUUCGAAACAAUCAUCAAUUAGUCUCAGUGGAUCCCUAAGCAAAGUGUUUGUCAAUUGUAAGUGCAAAACACAAUCUAGAUGCAAUUGUGGAUUCGUUGAGAAGCUGUUACGCCAUUUCGACAAAGACGAUUUAUUGAAAGACAUCAACUUCGAAGACAACAGCGUUCAAACUGAGCCUGAGCACCGUUUACGUAUGAACAAUAUUGGUGUACAAACGCAAUUGAACGUGCGAAAUCAAAAUUUACAAACUUCAAGUCGUCAACAAAGCAAACUAUCUCAGACUGACGAAGUUAGGAAGUCUCAGGAUCAGCAUCAAAAAUCUGGAGGUGUAGAAAGCAAACCGUUUGAAUUGUCCAGCGUGGCAAUUGUGACAGAGAGUAUCUCCCAGCGUAGUGCAAAUACUCAACCUGCUCCUCAGGACAGAACCACUAUGACGGUAGGCGUUAAAGGAACUUCUACGGAGGACGAAAAGAAACAGCAGUACACCUCUGUUGAUGUUGAACCUUGUGAAAACGCCGCUGUUUCAGCUUCAGUCGAAAAACUGAACCAAAAAUCGCAAGCGUCAGAAAAUUGGACACAAAUUUUCACAAACACUGCUCCGGCAAAGGAGAAAAUUGCUUUUCAAAGUGUUAUAACACAGUCGGUUUCUACAGACUCGGUAGAAGUACCAAAACUCACCGAAUCCCAGUUUCACAAUGCAAGUAGCCAAACACAGACUGAAAAUAAGAUUCCAGAACCGAGUUCUUCCUCUAGAAGUAACAGUGAAAAUUUAAACCGUGACGCUUCAGAUCAUGAUACUUCAACACAUAAAACGUCAGCACAUGGUACUCUAACCCGUGACGCUUCAACUUCCCCUAAAUUAACUCGUGAUACUUCAUCUCGUGAGUUCGAAAAUCGUGUGGAUAGCUCGACUCGUAAGGCUACAACUGGUGAAACUGUAGUUCUCGGUCCUUCGACUCGAAACUUCUCGAAUGCCCAUACUCUAAGUCGUGAAACCUCAACACGUGACGCCUCAUUUCGUGAUGCUCUAAUUAAUAGAUCCUCAAUUAAAGAUGAUUUGAUUCGUGGCGCCUCAAACCGCCUUGACUCAAUCCGUGAGGUCUCAGUGCGUAAUGGAUCAACUCUUGACACUAUAACUCGUGAUGCUUCAACUCGUGUCGUUUCAAAUCGUCCCGAUGCAAUUCGUGGUGCCUCAAACCGUGAAACCUCAACUCAUGAUACUUUAACUCGUGAUGCCUCAACUCGUGAUACUCUAACUCGUGACACCUCAACAAGAGGUACUGCAACUCGCGACCCUGUCUCUCGCGAUGCCUCAACUGAUAAGCCAACGAAUCGUCACACAUUAACUCGUGAUGCCUCAACUCGUGACACUUUACUUGACUCAUCAUCCCGCGGUACUGUGGCUCUUGACGGAGGGAAUUCCUCGCCUGAAAUGAUUGAUCAGAAUAAAAAUAGCGGUGCUGCAGCUCAAAUUCGAUCUAGAAACGAACAAACCAACAAGAAUGUGAGAUCAGAGGAAUGCGCUUGUGUUUGCGGAUUCAUUAGGAAAGUUCGUCAUCGAGAUGCAGGCAAAAUGGAGAAGAAUGCAGCUCGUAGAGAAAAUACCCCCACUGAAGCAGGGAACGAUUCGUCGAACAUUUUACUGUCGAGUAGUACGUCAAAUGGCACAACUUCCAGCGAAGCUGUCACCAUUCGAUCGGACACACCUUCCCUCGUUACUUGCGUCUGUUGCAAGCGAAGAGUUGCCUCCGAUCAAACAUCGAUGCUGCGCACCAACAACGAAGACUACCCGCUGUGCCGUCGUUGCGUCCAGAAACGCCCGAUCUUGACGUCCGUCUGUUACACAGGCCCCGAACACGUUUGCAGAUGCGCCAAAGCCGCCGCCGACAGAUUCCGACGCGUCGAAGAAUACUGCACGUGCACGAGGCCACAAAGAGUGCAGAACGGGAGGUACUGCUGUCACUGCCAGUUCAAGCUGAAGAGGACUCAGCAGAGCAGAAACGGGAUAGCGUACACUCUCACGUUGGAAGACGAAAGCCUGAGGGUUGGGAAGGGCAGCAAGCACAAGGGGAGGAAGAGAUUGGAGGAGAUCAAGGUGAAGGUGCCGUGUCCGUAUAACAGGAAGAAGCGCAAGGAUAGAGAGAAUUUUAGUCGAAGGAGAGGGAGUAGAGCGGAGAUGAGAGAUUUUGGAUUGGAGGAAGACGGAGGGAGUUACGGCGGGAGCGAGCAAGAAUCGGCAAAGGAAGAUGAGGCGGGUGAAGAGAGGAGUCGGGAUAUGAAGAAAAAUGACUAUCUUAGUUUGCAGGAUUAUUUAAGAAAAAACAGGCCAGAUUUCAUUGAUUCUGCAGAGUAUCGAAGACAAGCCGUUGGGAAUUCGAGAAGCGAGAGACAGCAGGCAACCGACGAUCUUAAAUUGAGAUUCAUCAAAGAAAAAGCGGCAUAUUCCAAGUUCAAAGGAACGAAUAAGUUAUUUACUGAGAAGCAGAUGAAGGAAAUCACCAGAAGGAACUAUAAGAAGCUUCCGGAAGUGCAACAGAAAUUGAACAAUUUUAGAGAGCAGAGGCUCAGGAAUGCAGAUAAGAUGAUAGUGGAUAUUUUUAAGAGGAAAAUCCAGGGAUCCGUCCUGAAAGGAAUAAGAAGUUUUCCAAUAGAUACAAAUAUAGUUGAUAUAAACACGUGAUUGUUAAUUAUAUGUAAUAAUGUAUCAUGCCGUACUUUUUUAUUAAUUUGUUGACCAAAGACAAUAUAUUUCAUGGAUUUUA